GAAGAAUUAGAAUCUGGAGAAACUGAUGCUACUUGCCCUAGCUGUUCUUUGGUUGUAAAAGUCAUUUAUGACCCUGAAGCUUUGCCACAUAAACAAAAAAUAUCAACUACAAAUAAAAACUUAGAAAAGUGUUAGUUAGGUUAAUGGCUGGUGCAUCAAGGGGAAAGAGAGGAGGACGAGGAGCUGGUAAUAAUGUUGGUCGCCCACAUAUAUCCAUUGGCCCUGACAAAUUAGAAGUAGACGAUCCACUUGAUUUUAAAGCCCCAGAACUCUUUCCCCCUUUGAGAGCAACAGUUACUGAAAUUGAAGAAGACAGUGAAGAUGAUGACCUGAUAGCUUUUGAAAAGAAGUUAGCCAAGCAUUUUAAUAAUGCUGCAUCAUUUAUUUCUAAAGAAGAGUUUACAACUCCUUGGUCAUACCUUAAAUCUAUAGAAAAUCAUAACUACUUUCCACCAUCUUUAUUACCGAAAAAAAAAAAAAGUUCACAGGAUGAAAAACCAUUAACUGAUAAACAAUGGAUGGAAAAGUUAAAAUCUGAGAUUACUAAUCAUGAUUAUUUGUCAUUGCAAGAAAUUGUUUCUGCUAAAAAAAAUAAAAUUGAUGAUUUCCUUUGUCCUGCUAACAAAAAGAAGGCAAAAACUGAAAAUCCUACAACAUCACUUUUAAUUAAUGAAAGUGUUGUCAAAGAACUUGAUGAAGAAGAAGACAUUGAUGUAGAAGACAGUGAAGAGCCAAAAAAGAAAGAGGAUGAAGAUAAAGAUGAACAGCCUAAAGACAUUGAAGAAGAAUUUGAAAGUGAUGUAGAUGAUGAAUUAGAUGAUGGUACAGAUUACAAUAAAAACUAUUUUGAUAAUGGCGAAGGCUAUCUUGAUGAUGAUGAUGAUGGUCUGGAUGAUAAUGAUGCAAUUUAUUAAUUAUAUUGUUAAUUAUAUUUUCAAUAAAAGUUAAUGC